UUCUCCAUCCUGCAUCCAGCAAAACUCUCCGGCUCCGGAGCGCCGGGUCGCUUUAACUACUCUAUUUUUGCUCUUGGAGGCAAACAGCUCCGAGAGGCGGUGGGAUCUGGGUGGCUGGAGGAGGAGACAACCCCAAGCCUUGGCUGGGGCAGUGGUGGCAUGUCCAGAGGUGUUGCCCAGGUGUGGGGUUGGCAGAGCUGGGCUGGAGGUGCCCAUCUGGGAGCUAAUGGGUCGCGCUCUCACUCCACCCAUCCGCCGCUCGCCAAUUGGAAGUGAGGGACAAAGAUGCUCUGGAUGGAUUAAUAUUGGAGCCAGUGAAAAAGCAGGAGCCGGCGCUGCCUCGGCCACCUGAGCGAGUGGCCUUUGGGGACAAGUGCUGGUGGCUCGGGGGGAGCAGCCCUGAGGGGAGCAGAGGCAUCUCUCUCUUGAAGAAGUAGUGCAGAGUCUCCACCAGCAGCGAUGUCAAGAAAUGGAUACUUCUUUGAAGAGAGUGGGUACCUCAAGUGUGACACGGACGAUGUGAAGGAGGAAGGGGCGGGCGAGGAGCUCUUCGAUGGCGUCAACUCCACCAUCGUGUCCGGGGACAGCAUCCGCUUCUUCGUCAACGUCAACCUCGAGGGCGCUCCCAGCGCCACCGCUGAAAGUGAAGGUGCUGGCUGCGUGUUACUGCACACAUCAAGGAAGUACCUGAAAUUAAAGAAUUUUGAGGAGGAGGUCCGAGCCCAGCGAGACCUGGAUGGCUUCUUGGCCAGAGCCAGCAUCAUCCUGGAUGAAACAGCCACGUCCUUGGACGAUGUUCUCCGGGAGAUGCUGAAACACUUCGCCGAGGAUCCUGAGAACAUGGAGCCAAGCUGCAAUUUUGAAAAAAUCAUGAAUACUUUAUUCACAGAUUCAGGGACCCCACGGGAAGGGAACGGCACCCCUGAUGUUUCAGAGUCAACAGGAAUGAAUGUACAAACAUGUCCAUCGCACCUCAAAUUUCACCUCUUAUCAGACACAAUUCAAGGGGUCACAGCCACAGUCACGGGGGUGCAGUAUCAGCAAUCCUGGCUCUGCAUCAUUUGCACUAUAAAAUCCCUUCAGCGACGUCACGUUUGCAUCAGCCGCCUGGAGAGGCCUCAGAACUGGGGUGAGAACUCCUGUGAAGUCAGAUUUGUGAUUCUGGUCCUGGCUCCUCCCAAGAUGAAAAGCACCAAAACGGCCACAGAGGUGGGCAGGACCUUUGCCACGAUGUUUUCAGACAUAACCUUCCGGCAGAAGCUCCUGGAAACCAAAACUGAGGAGGAGUUCAAGGAGGCCUUGGUGCACCAACGCCACUUGCUGACGGUGGCAAAUCAGAGACCCUCAGGGAUGAGCGAUGGGCACAAGGCACACGGUAACAAACCACUCAAGCCCAGGUUGAGUCUGAGGGUAGGAGAGCAGAGAGGAAAGCUCACAGGAGGAUCAGCCCAACAGAAGGAACAGCUUUUCCUACUGCUGCACGACUUUCUCAAUAUUGGCAAGGGGAUUUCUGAUGACAUUGCACGAAGAUUCCCAGUGUACGCGCUGGAUUUCACCGACGGUAUUAUUGGGAACAACAAAGCUAUAGGGAAAUACAUCACAACCAUGAUCUUUCUGUACUUUGCCUGCCUCCUUCCAUCCAUUGCCUUUGGGUCCCUCAAUGAUGAAAAUACCCGAGGAGCUAUUGAUGUGAGGAAGACAAUUUUUGGGCAGUGCAUUGGAGGGCUGCUCUACGCCCUCUUCUCUGGGCAGCCUCUGGUUGUGCUGCUGACCACAGCUCCCUUGGCCCUCUACAUCAACGUCAUCCAAGGAAUCUGUGACGACUACAACUUGGAUUUCAGCGCUUUCUAUGCCUGGAUUGGACUCUGGAACAGCUUUUUCCUUGUGAUCUACUCCCUCUUUAAUUUCAGCCUCCUGAUGAAGCUCUUUAAAAGGUCAACAGAAGAAAUAAUUGCACUUUUUAUAUCCAUCACAUUUGUGCUUGAUGCCAUCAAAGGCAUUGUUAAAGUUUUUAAGAAAUAUUACCACCAUGGGCACCCAGAAGGCGGAAAGUCACGGGCUGAUGCUAUCCCAGGCCUCAGCAUCAACACCACUUUCCUGAUGAACUCCUCAGUGAGCGAGAACCAGACUUGCACUCACGAUGGGCACUACGGGCGCGAGACCGCCGUCCUCAGCCUCAUGUUGAUGUUGGGAACCCUUUGGCUCGGCCACACGCUCUAUCAGUUCAAGAAAAGCCCAUAUUUGCACGCGAGGGUACGCGAGAUUCUGUCCGACUGUGCCUUACCCAUUUCAGUCCUGACCUUCUCUGUUGUGGGUUCCUAUAUCUUCAAGGAAAUUGAAAUGUCCAAAUUUAACUACAACGCCUCUGACAGCUUGUUUGUGCUGGCCCCCGUGCAGUCCCUGUCCAUUGGGUCGGUGAUGAGCGCCAUGGGGCUGGGAUUUCUCCUCUCCAUGCUCUUCUUCAUCGAGCAGAACAUCGUCGCGUCCCUCGCCAACGCCCCGGAGAACAGGCUGGUGAAGGGCACAGCCUAUCACUGGGACCUGCUGCUCGUGGCACUGAUCAACACAGGGCUGUCUGUCUUCGGCCUGCCCUGGAUCCACGCGGCCUUCCCGCACUCCCCCAUGCACGUCCGCGCCCUGGCCUACGUGGAGGAGAGGGUGGAGAGUGGACACAUCUAUGAGACGAUUGUGAGUGUGAAGGAGACGAGGCUGACAAGUCUGAUGGCAAAUUUCCUGGUGGGGCUGUCGCUGCUGCUCCUCCCAUUCCCCCUGCAGUGGAUCCCAAAGCCGGUCCUUUUUGGCCUCUUCCUCUACAUCGCCCUGACCUCCAUUGAUGGCAACCAGCUCUUUGAGAGGGUGGCUCUGCUGCUCAAAGAACAGACUGCUUAUCCUCCGACCCAUUACAUCCGCAGAGUUCCCCAGAGGAAGAUCCACUAUUUCACAGGCCUGCAGGUCCUGCAGCUCCUCAUCCUCUGUGGGUUUGGAAUGUCACCCCUGCCUUACAUGAAGAUGAUCUUCCCCCUCAUCAUGAUAGGGAUGAUCCCCAUCAGGUACAACCUGCUCCCGAGGAUCAUCGAGGCCAAGUACCUGGAUGCCAUGGAUGCAGAGUACUGAAGGCAGCAGGGACAGCUCCUUUGGGGCCAGAAAAGGCGUGGGACCAUCUCCUGCAGUUCUCUUUCACCACUUUCUUCGUGCUCUGACGUUGGCAAUGCACUCCUGUCACAGCUCCACGGGGCCUGUGCCAGACCAAGGGAGCCUUGGACUUGAGAGGACGAUGCUCUCUGGAGCUGUGAGGCGAACAAGCUUUAUGGAAAAUGCUACUUCCCACGUCCCCAACCACACAAACCCCAAAGAUCGGCCUGGCUGCACGGCUGGAGCAUCCAGAGUUGUCCUGUAUUCCCUUGUUUGAGGGUGGGGGGAGCUUUUGUAAUGCACCACAUCCUUCUCUUCCCCAGCACUAAGAACAGCAACUGACCCUUGUUUUAUAGAAUGACAGCCCUGUCCUGGCCUUUGAGUCCAAUUCCCCGUGCCCCCAGUAUUCCCAGAUUGGUGUUCUGGGUGGGAUGGCCAAGUGCUAAACCACUGAUGUCAGGAGAGAUUGUGGCUGUUUUCUCAGAUUAAUGGCUUUGGAAACAGUUGCAGUGUGUACUGCUACAAUCCACAGCUUUGGAUGAAGCUUUAAUUUCCUGCAAAUGAGCUGGGAACAUUCAGAGGCCGGGCUGGAAUGGCCCUGUGGAUGAAACCCCAUCUAGGUUUGAGCUGUUUGGGAAUUAGUUUGGAUCAUUCUCCCAUUUCUCCUGGGUAAUCAAACACAGAAUUGUCGUUUUUUGCACAACUGCAGCAUUUUUUUGCUUGCACCCAGAGGGCAGUUGUGUCGAGGUUGCAUAUACAUAUGUACAGUAGUGCCUAUGUGUACAUAUAUACAUAUGGAGUUGUGUAUAUAUUUUGCAUAGAUAUACAAAUAGGCCUGGUUCUUUCCAAAUAUCACAAAGUGUUUUGUGCAGUCAGUGUUACCCACCAUGUCCUGACCAUAUUCUUGUUCUCUGCUUCAGUGCUGCUUUUUCCCCCUUGAGAUAUGGUCACUUUUAUUCUUUUGGAAGCUGCUCAGUUACAGGUUUGGUUCAUGUGUUGCUUUAUUCAAGGUGUUUUUCUUUGCUUUCUCCUUCCUGUGGCUUCAUCAUUCUGUCUCCAGGCUCCAACAUGUGAAUUUUCCAUUUAAUUUUGAUGUACAGAAUGCAAUGGAAGUUUUCCUCUUUUCACCUAAUCAAGACUUGUUGGCCAUUUCAUUGUUUCUGUUGUGUAGCUGAUUUCCACUUUCCCCCCACUCCCAGUUACAUUAUAUUUCUGGAUGAAUCUUAACUUCUGCUGUCUUUUAUAUUUCAGUUUAUUUAAUUUUGCUUGUACUAUGGUCAGUUUUCUUAUUUGGAGUACUGUGAAACAAGCUGCCCUUCAGUUCAGUGCUUGGCACAUCACAGGUCACAGCUAAAGACGUUCAGAAGAUUGUGGACCUCGGUGAUAAACUUUCAAAAGAGUAGAAAUGAGGGAAGAAGAGGAACUUAAAAUAUGAAUUUAUCAGCACAGAGGAGUGUUUCUUACCAGUUGCUUGCUCAGUAAAUGGUGCAGAGUUUUUUCCUCUCACCCCAGCAUGGUGAGGGAGCCCAGCCCAGCCGUGAGGGAGGAAGGCUUUGGGUGCAAAGCUCCUGAGCUGACGCUAAGCCAGGCUCAAGCCACUGCAGAUUUGGUGUAUUUGCACUAAAGAUCGGAAGGUAUUUAAUCUUUGUGGAGCUGCCCACAGCUCUCCAACACGUGUGAAGAACCAAUUUUUUCGUUUUCUUACGAAACCCUUUGAAUUGAGGCUCGAGGGAGGAGAGCAGUGAGAGUUCCUGUGUCCAUGGUUUUAUAUCCUUGAGGGAAUCGUAGGGGAAACCCCUCAGCGAGCAGAACAAUGUCACAGAUAGCAAAACCACGACCUUCACGUGGCACCAAGCUGAUCUGAGAAGUCUCAGGGUCAGGACAACCUCCCCAGUGCAUCAAGACAGGGAAUUCAGCUUUCAGCAGCAUCAGGGGCAGCUCCUGCCACGUCUGUCAGGAGCAGGUACAAACCUGGUCAUGGUUUCUGACCACUUUCCCCAAAAUUCCCUGGCUUUUGAGUCAUUUCUGUGCCAGGAUCACUUCAGAGCUGUUAGCAAGGGCUGUGUGUAGGAGCAGGGGCAGACAGGAUUUCAGAGGUGGCAAAACUCUGUCUGAUCUUCAGUCAACAGCAAAAGGGCAGGUGACAGGCAGCAGUUCAGGACCUGCUGGAAGCCUGGCAGUGCAGAGGGCUGCUGAGGCUGAAAUAACAUGUUUUUCCCAGAGAUGUCAGAAGAUUUAAGCAAAGCUGCAAUCAGGGUGUCAUCCCCAGGCUGGGUAGAGCUGUAACACACACGUGUCCUGCGGGUGAAUUCCUGCAGGAAAAACCUGGUGGGGUGGUUUAAGGGAUAUUUUGGGUGCUGUGGCUGGAGGAAGGACAGGAUGUGCCCAAGGGAACGUGGCUUUGGUCCUCUUUGAGGCUCUGGGUGGGAUUUCCUCAGGCACAGAGCCAUUGUGGGGUGAAAUGGCCUGCAAGGUCUUCCCAGACAAAACAGUUUUGAGAUGCACCCUCCAUUUCCCACUUACAAGCCAAAAAUGUCCCCAUUUAAAGCCUUUUUGAAAGGUCAGUUUCAAAUGUUGGAGAGAAUGUAAAAUCCAAGCAGCAGGGAGGGUUAAAUAUCCACCACAACUCUUGUUUUUGUAUUUUUAUUUUCCUUCACCGGUGUGACUUCAGUGUUUGUAUUUUCUUUGUAGCAUCAGUAGGAUUCUGUUCUGCAGGGUUUUUGUUCUUACAGAAGUCAGGGGCCAAAAAAUCAACUGAUGGGAAAUCAGCACAGCUUGAGGGGGGGAAAAAAAAGCUGUGCUGGCUUGGACUGGUUGAACAUUUGGACCUAUGUCUCAAUAUUUGGGUAAAAGAGAGAUGUGAGACUCGAGGCCUCUUGUCUCAGAAGGGGUUUUCAUGAUCCUGCAGAGGAUUUAUUUUAUUUUUCCAUGCCUUUUCUCUUCUUGUUUGCUUCUGGUUUUGCUGACUUAAGUGCAGGCGUUUCCAGCAAGUAGCUGACUAGGGAAGGAGGGUUUGUUUGGAGUUGAUUGAGCACUUUAAUACUUCUGUGAAGGUUUAAGACAAUUAGAAUGUAAAAGAAGUUUUAUUAUAAGCUCUUUAUAUACGCACAAUGCUCUGUGUAACUGUUGCCAAAGAACUGAGUCUGAAAGGUGUCCAGAGCUGUUGGGAGAGUCUGUAGGGUUCACCUGGCAUUGCAAGGUAAGGAAAAGCUUCUGAAACGAGUGGAUUUUGGAAGUUGCCUUUUGACAGCUGCCAAAACGGUCAGAAACUGGGGAUAGAAUAAAAUUCUACUCUCAAACUUGUAGUUUUUGAUCCUUGCGUUGAAUGUAGGAGCUAGAAGUGAGCUUGACAAUUAAAAUUGGAUUUGUACCUGA